UCGCCAUUGGAUGUCAGAGGACAGUAAACACGUGUUGAUCCAGAUCUUAUGGGACAACCUCAAGCUGCACCGGGAUCUCAUCCAGCCGUUCUACAUCCUGUGGAACACGCAGAGGCUUAAUUGUGCUCUGUUGUUAGACAGUGUGGGCUACCCGUUGUGUCGCCCUGUGAGCGAGGCGGAGCGUCCGUUUGGGGAGGAGCUACUCCACAGCGUGGUCAAGAGCAUCCAGAGGAACGAUGUUUCUCGACCAAUGGGACAGCUCCUACAGCUGCUCGGGCAGAGCCUGGGGGUCAAGAGGCAAAGGAGUCUGUACAGAGACAUCCUCUUCCUGUGUCUGGUGGCUCUGGGAAAGGACAACAUUGACAUCGACGCUUUUGACCGCGAAUACAAGAUGGCGUACGACCACCUCAGCCCCAACCUGGUGAAGCUGACGCACAACUGCGACCGUCCGCCCAGCGCUGGGGUCAUGGAGUGUCGCAAGACCUUCGGAGAACCCUACCUCUGACCUCUGACCCCUUUACCCCUGACGUUUCACCUCCGACAGACACUCCACCCGGCCAGUCACCUCCGUCACCCGGCCAGUCACCUCCGUCACUCGGCCAGUCACCUCCUCCACCCGGCCAGACACCUCCUCCACCCGGCCAGCCAGUCACCUCCGUCACUCGGCCAGCCAGUCACCUCCGUCACUCGGCCAGCCAGUCACCUCCGUCACUCGGCCAGUCACCUCCUCCACCCGGCCAGCCAGUCAUCUCCGUCACUCGGCCAGUCACCUCCUCCACCCGGCCACCCAGGCCACUCCGUCACUCGGCCAGCCAGUCACCUCCGUCACUCAGCCAGUCACCUCCGUCACUCGGCCAGUCACCUCCUCCACCCGGCCAGCCAGUCACCUCCGUCACUCGGCAUAGCACAGCCGUGGGUAGCCCACAUGGGUAGGGUUGAAGAGAUCUUUUGCGUCCAUGAAAAGCACAUGUAUAAAAUCCAUGUAUUACAACGGUGGCUCUCCCAAAGAGGACUGAGGAGCUUUAAAGACGAGCUCAGGAAUCCACUUUAGAAAGACGUACAGAAUGCGUGACGAUGAGCUUGUUGACACUGUGAUGUUUGGGGUCAUGUCCGUCACCUGUGAGAGAUGUGACGGGGCUGACCAGAGACUGACGGAGCUGACCAGAGGCUAGUGGAGCUGACCAGAGACUAGUGGAGCUGACCAGAGACUAGCGGAGCUGACCAGAGACUAACAGAGCUGACCAGAGACUAGUGGAGCUGACCAGAGACUAACAGGGCUGACCAGAGACUAACGGAGCUGACCAGGGACUGACGGAGCUGACCAGAGACUAGCGGAGCUGACCAGAGACUAGCGGAGCUGACCAGAGACUAACUGAGCUGACCAGAGACUAACGGAGCUGACCAGAGACUAACGGAGCUGACCAGAGACUAACGGAGCUGACCAGAGACUAACGGAGCCGACCAGAGACUAACGGAGCCGACCAGAGACUAGUGGAGCUGACCAGAGACUAACAGGGCUGACCAGAGACUAACGGAGCUGACCAGAGACUAACGGAGCUGACCAGAGACUAACGGAGCUGACCAGAGACUAACGGAGCUGACCAGAGACUAAAGGAGCUGACCAGAGACUAACGGAGCUGACCAGAGACUAACGGAGCUGACCGACCAGGGGGUUAUUAUGUAGUCUGACCAGUCUCACAAAAGGGAUGUUGUUGUUUUUUUAAAUCCCAUCUCAUCACCUGGUUGUUAAAGGUUCUGGACGUACCCCUCUGGAUGGAUGGAGAUCAUACUCAUUAACGUAACAACGCUUUCACACACAAUGACAUCUUCUAUUUCGGGGUACUUAUGUUUUAAGAAAUCUUGUACAAAUUGUGACAUAAAAUACAAAAUGUACUUUAUAUACGACAGUAGUAGUAGGGACCUUUUUAUAAAAAAUAAAAAAACAUUUGUAUUAUAUAGUCAUAUAUAGAGACUAAUAUUAGCAAUAUUUUACUUGAAUUCUAUUUAUACAAAGUAAGACUUUUAUUUAUUUUAGUCUGUUUUAUUUGUUUAGCUGGAUGUACUGGCUUCGUGUCAGGGUGAAACAUCUAUUCCUCUCCUCCUGUGGUUGAUGGAUGUACUGGCUUCGUGUCAGGGUGAAACAUCUAUUCCUCUCCUCCUGUGGUUGAUGGAUGUACUGGCUUCGUGUCAGGGUGAAACAUCUAUUCCUCUCCUCCUGUGGUUGAUGGAUGUACUGGCUUCGUGUCAGGGUGAAACAUCCAUUCCUCUCCUCCUGUGGUUGAUGGAUGUACUGGCUUCGUGUCAGGGUGAAACAUCCAUUCCUCUCCUCCUGUGGUUGAUGGAUGU